AUGUCCCACGUCCCACCAACCCAGUCCAUUCCCAAACCAGAGGAACCUAAAGAACCACAACAGUCUCCUCAGCAACCUCAGUUCCAGCAAGUACCUCCGAAUUACUACCAAUUUCCACCUCAAGGUUACUACCCACCACAAGGCUUCCCGAACUACCCUCCUCAGCCUAUGCCUUACUUCCCCAACCCUUGGUUGUUCCAGCAAGCUCCACCCCAGUAA